ACUACAAAUCUAUUACAUUUAUUGAGCUAUGGCAAGUUUUCAACCUCAAGUGUUGAACAAGUUAAACACUACGUUUAAAGAUUUGAUAACCGAUAAGCAGAGCGAAGUAUCCGGGAUAGUGUUAACAUGUUUCACAUAUCUCCUAAUAGCUCUGGGGGUUAUAAUGCUGUUGAAAUUGUACUUUCAAACAGUGUUUAUUUUCGCUAAGUACUUCCCGAUCGUGACGCUUCCACUCUAUGUGGUAGGAGCAUGGGCCUUUUCUGCUCUUCUAUUCUAUAUGGCCUGGGAUAUGGGAUAUGGCGUCGAUGAUAAUGGGAACAUCCAGAAACACAUCAUGACAGAGACCUUUGCUACUGUUGUUCAUCAAGGACUCAUAGUUGGAGCUGUAUUUUUGAUGAUCGCUCCGUUCACCCUGCUCAUGCCCCGACUCAGAUUCGGCAGAUCCUCCUCUGAUAACGAGGGGUGUUGCAGGACCAUUUGUUUCCCAACAUUUGUGUGGGUGGUGUUUCUGUUCAUCGUGCUGCUUGCUGUCUUCUCUGGGUACUGUCUCUACAUGCUUUUGAGGGAGUAUUACCAGCAGACUUUCUUCAACUCAAUCGGAGUGGAGGGCAUCUAUGUUCUCAUCGUACUAUUCUACCUCUUCGCACUUUUCCAGAUCCUCGCUCAAAGAAAGAUAAUCGUGUCUGGAGAGAACAUCUUGGGAGAGCUGAGAAAACCGUUCAAAUGUCUCCACAGUCGCCCCUACCUCUUCGUCUACAUCUCCGUUCUCAUUUUCUUCUCGCUUGCUGCGCUGGGUGUGACCGCCUUCUACGGAGUCAAGGCGUUUGAUGUGUACAAGAGUGCAGAAGGUGAUGCUAGGACCACCAAUAUUGCGAUCGUGGGAGCCUUCUCGGGUAUGGCUGCUGUCUAUGUGCUGAUCGGCAUGGCUCUGGGUCUGGUCAUCAGCUGCUCGAGAACGCAGAAAUCGGAGAACCCCGCAGUUGAAUACUUGCUUAUCCCAUGUGGGUAUCCCAGUCAGACUCAGCCCCUCAAUGGAACCGCCAAUGAUAACGAUGUAGGAGAGAACCAACCGUACACCACCGUCACAGAGAACACGGUGCUAAACGACAGAGGUAGCUACCAACAAAGAGAAUACAACGACUACAACAUGGACAACAACACACUAGAUUCGCAUCACAACACGCUGCAAUAUAACGACGGUUCCAUGAAAUCCGGUACUCUAGAGCUCAAAGCGGUCAAUCAGAGCCCCAAGACAGUAACAAUAACGAUGCAGCACAGUGACGGUUCCAAGUCAAAUCUGGGAGCAAUAAGGGCGUUUCCACACACAACGCUCGCGGACGCCCGCAUUCUGACGAGGACGCUUCCGAACGCGCCGCAGAACUACGUCUUUAUAACAAGGAACCGGGAGGUGUCUGAGAGCCAGGAAGCUGAGUUUACCAUCUACGGGCUGGAAGAGCUCAUACUUGCGGUGGAAACCGUUUGCUAGACUUGACAGAGCGGCUUCUUCGUUUGCUAGACUUGACAGAGCGGCUUCUUCGUUUGCUAGACUUGACAGAGCGGCUUCUUCGUUUGCUAGACUUGACAGAGCGGCUUCUUCGUUUGCUAGACUUGACAGAGCGGCUUCUUCGUUUGCUAGACUUGACAAAGCGGCUUCUUCGUUUCCUAGACUUGACAGAGCGGCCCCUUCGUUUGCUAGACUUGACAGAGCGGCCCCUUCGUUUGCUAGACUUUACAGAGCGGCCCCUUUGUUUGCUAGACUUGACAGAGCGGCUUCUUCGUUUGCUAGACUAAACAGAGCGGCCCCUUAGCUUCGUUUGCUAGACUUGACAGAGCGGCCCCUUCGUUUGUUUUUUCUUUUCAUUUGAGAGUACUUCGAAUGAACUUUUAACUGCACUAUGUUAUUCAUAAGACUAUAUAACAAUUACACUUAGCAACUUAAUACUCACUUGGUAGACGGGGCGUUGGAAGUUUAGCAUUUCAAAAUUCAAACAGAAUCGUUUUCAUAGUGAUUUAGUUAAGUUCAAAAGCAAAUUCAUUGACAGCGUCUUGAUCUUCUGUUAAAAUUGAUGAUUAUUCUUAAACUUUCAGCAGAAAUUCUCAUAUUUUCAAGAAUCCGGUCGUGAUAUUUUAAUAUUCUGUUCUGACAGGUUUUAUUGAUGCUGAAAUCCUACUAUAUAGCUAUAAUUACUAUAGUCGAUCUAGUAGCCUCUUUAAAGCGAAAAAUUGGGUGUUGCAAACUAACAAAGUUUACGAACAUGCCUACAUUACAUUGGCGGUUGCAUAACAUUUUGUUUGACGUGACUGUAUUAUAAUUUAAAUAGGUUCUUGAAUUAGCUAGCAGAAACGAAUAAGGGGCAAUCCACAAAUUACGUCCAUCGGAUAGCUAUACUUAAAGAUCGGAUAUGGGGGAGGGUUUUUUUUUUCGAUUUUG